AUGGAGUACAAGAACAAUCUGACCGACGAUGGAGGAGACGACGGUGAUGGAAAUAUAAUCAUUUGUAAUUCUUUUGAUUUUUCAACCAUCAAUGGAUAUAUCUUCAUCUUGAUCACUAUCAUCAGUGUCAUAGGAAAUAUCCUGCUAAUAUUUGCUCUUCAUACCCAAAAAGACCUCAAUUCUGUCAUUAAAACCCACAUACUGAACCUGGCGUGCUCUGAUUUGAUCUUCACGGCUUCACUCCCAUUCUGGUCUUACUACCACCUCCACCACUGGAUCUUUGGGGACUUUAUGUGCAAAUUCAUAACGAUGGUGCACUUUGUUGGUCUGUACAGCAGCAUCUUUAUACUCACCGCCUUGACUGUGGAUCGUUUCAUUGCCGUGGUGCUGAACAAGUGGUGGAACAACAACCUGAGGAAACGGUGUGCAGUUGGUGCUUCUGUAGCUGCUUGGAUCAUCAGCAUUGCUGCAUCUGUGUAUGAUACCAGUAAAAUACAGGUGGAGGAAGACUACUACUGUGAAGCCAAUUAUGAUGUCGACUUGGGAUACUAUUUUCAAGUUUCACUGCUGUUUUUACUCCCAUUAAUUAUCAUCAUUUUCUGCCUUUUUGCCAUUAUCAUGACUGUUUUCCAGUCUACAAGCAGACAAAGGCACAAAGCUAUAGGUAUAGUGUUCUGUACUAUUUCAGCCUACUUCAUCUGUUGGGGACCCUACAAUUUUUUACUUUUUAUCAAGUUUUUGUAUGAACCCAAAGGCUGUAAGGCGGUGGAACUGUUAGAAACCACCUACAAUAUUUGUCGAAUACUUGCCUUCUCCCACUGCUGUGUGAACCCAUCACUCUGUCUGCUGUCACAGACGGUGAGAAGACAUCUGCUGAGUCGUCUAGAAGGUGAAAUUGUUUGUCUGAACAAAAGGAAGGUCACCGAGCAGAACAGAUUGGACCUCGAAACUGUGUGCUUGAGCAUCGCACCAAACUCAGCUGUCAUAGUGAAACGGGGCAAUCUUUAG